AUGAACGGUUCAGCACGGACCCUCAGGGCACGCCUGUCUAAAGUGCACUACCCUAUACGGUGCCUCGGCCGGAAUGCUUCAACAUUGGCAAUCCUGGAAGUUCGCGACGGGCAAUUAUCUUCUGACUCGGCACGCACAAUAACCGCUGCUGUCCGUCUUAAGGGCCCCGUCACUGCGCUCCUGCUAGGGGGAUUUUCGACGGGAGCCGCAGAGGAGGCAGCCUCCAUGAAAGGUUUGAACAAGGUCAUUGCCGGAACCCAGAAACAACACCACGCUCGCCUCCCCGAAGGCCUCGCAGCGGUAGUUGCCAGCCAUGCCGAACAGGGAAAAUACACUCAUGUCGUGGCAGCGAACUCAGUGUUUAGUAGAGAUGCGCUGAUACGCGCUGCCGCACUGAACGGCCACCAGCCUAUCUCGGACGUGACAUCGGUCGAGUCUGAAGAUGUCUUUGUGCGACCAAUCUACGCCGGCAACGCCGUCAUGACGGUCAAGUCCAGUGAUGAUGUUAAAUACCUCACAGUACGCGCGUCAGCCUUUCCGGCUGCAGAGGCCACAGACGAUCCCGCCCCUAUCGUGACUUACACUGAAAACUCAAGCUCAGGGAACUCAAGCAGCGCGGAAUGGGUACAGGAGGAUUUAGUCAAGAGCGAUCGGCCUGAGCUGGGAACCGCUGAGAGAGUUGUCUCGGGUGGAAGGGGCCUCAAGUCCAAGGAGGCGUUCGAUCAAGUGCUUCUCCCUCUAGCAAACUCUCUGAGAGCCGCGGUUGGCGCAUCCCGUGCCGCGGUUGACAGUGGAUUUGCCGAUAACAGCUUACAGGUGGGCCAGACUGGAAACGUGGUCGCUCCAGAGCUGUAUGUGGCGGUCGGUAUAUCAGGGGCGAUCCAGCAUCUUGCUGGAAUGAAAGACAGCAAGGUAAUCGCAGCCAUCAAUAAAGACCCGGACGCGCCCAUCUUCCAAGUCGCCGACGUAGGGCUAGUCGGAGACUUGUUUGAAGCGGUACCUGAGCUGACCAAAAGCUGUGGUUCAGCCUAG